AUGGAGACCCUGGACAUCACCCUGACACACUGGUUUCAGGUGAGAGAAUAACAACUCUGCCCGAUGACGGUCUCUGGCUGAAAGGUCACUCUAUGUUUUUAACCUUGGAUUUUACAAUAAAUAAUAUACGUUUUAUAAUGGAGAGAGUGUCGCGCCUCAACUUCUGAUGCAUCAUUCGUUUAUUUAAGGUAGCAUCCCUGUUCCAGUUGUCUGACCACGAAACCCCUCUAUUGCUUCAGGUGAGCGAAUACGACCAGAAGAGUGAGCAGCGGGCAGAGAAACACAAGGAGCUCCGGGGACGCAACAACGUCACUUCCUGUCGGAGCCCAACCAGAGAACUGGACACACGGUGGAUCAAGAAGGAGCUGAGGCGGAAGAGACAGCAGGAAUUCCACAGAAGACGAUCAGUCAGCCCAGAAAGGGCCAAAGACUCUGGAAAAGUCAAGGACGACAGUUGUGUCAUCUGUGACACAGCCAAGUCAGAGACGGUGCGGGCUAAGGUCAGUGUGAUACCUAAGUCAAAUCUGCCGGGGUCACAAAGGGCGAAAGCCUCUGCAAAGGUCAAGGACGACAGUUGUGUCAUCUGCGACGAAGCCAAGACAGAGUCUUUGCAGGGUAACGUCACUUGGCCACAGCCCCCUAGGCCUAUGUCCAAUGGACGACCAUUGAUAAUGGUUAAGAGAAUAAAGGCGUCCAAAGAUGACCUGGACAACAGUGAAUGGGUAAAAUAAUAUAAAUGUCAUUCAUGGCUUACCAUCUACUUUACUGCAUUCGUAUUGAUUUUAGCAAUCAUUUAUAUUUGACGUUUAUCUUUUUGUUAAUAGACCUACAACCCUUUUAUUCUGACUAUCCAGAGCUCAUUUAUUUAUUAAAAGAUCAUGUUACAGCGUAAUUAUCGAGUUCCUUCAUUAUCACUGUUGUAUUCACCAGGCCUCAAUAUGGACAAAUCAAACACCAGUGAGGAAAAAUGAGAAGAGCAGAACUAGAACACUAGAGGCAGUUUUCUCUACCUUGACCACCUCGACCAGACAACCACCCACCUCCACCCCUACCUCCACCCCAACCAUCUGCACCUCGACCAGAGAACCACCCACCUCUAAGAAGAACUCUACCAGAAAACAGGAUUCAGUUCCACACACAUCCACACCGAUCAAAGAACCACACACCAGCACCCCAACCUCUACCCCGAAGACGUCCACCCCGAGCAGAGAACUAGUCCAGCCCAGGUUAAAAGCCUCCACAAAGAAAGAUAAGGGUACUUACAUUUCUUUAUUCCACUUCAAUACUAUACAAUUAUGACCAAGUCAUAUUUAAUAAAAUAAUUGCCAUUUCACUCUACCAGGCAUCCUGAAGGGUACAGGUGAAUCAAACCGAGCUAAAAAGAGACAGCAAGAAGCCAGCGUACAGACAGAGUGAGUCUCAAUCAAGUAUUUUUCUUGAAAUGAUGGCAGAUGAAGUCACAGUGAAAACUCUAGUAAUAGAAAACACACCAAAAAACUCUGAUUCUGUUUUCUUGAUGUCAGUCUCUGUAACGAAAUGCAUUUUCUCUAAUAUACAGGCCUGGCUAUGUUACCGUCAAGGAAUCUGUGAGUUUCCACAAUCCACCUUGCUCACAAUUGUGUGCAGUGCCAUACAGAUCAGUCACAACAGUCUUAGGUUAAAGAAACACCCCAUAUAGAUCAAUCACAACAGUUUUAAGUGAAAGACACACCCCAUAUAGAUCAGUCACAACAGUUUUAAGUGAAAGACACACCCCACCCCAUACAGUAACAAAAUGAACUUUUCUCCAUGACAGGAAGUUCUUCAGCUGGCUGAUUACUUGCAGGUAAAACUUUGCAAUUUGUUACCCAACUUGUCGUUCUAUGGCAACAACAACGUCAUGUGCCCAGUUGAACAUGUGUACGGCUAGUUGUGCUUCAUAGAAGUGUGUAUCUUUCACUUCAUACUGUAUCUGUUCUGUACCUCCUUAUGGCAGGAGGCUCUAUGGAGAGAGGAGGGCCUGAAGAACAAGUUGGCUGUUCUCCAGAAGCGUGGCUCCACCCUGCUACACCACUCUGACACCCUAUGGACUGUAAGAAACUCUCUCCUCCUCAUACCUGGCUCACAUACCACACCCACUUUCCUUAUACCUGGCUCACAUACCACACCCACUUUCCUUAUACCUGGCUCACAUACCACACCCACUUUCCUUAUACCUGGCUCACAUACCACACCCACUUUCCUUAUACCUGGCUCACAUACCACACCCACUUUCCUUAUACCUGGCUCACAUACCACACCCACUUUCCUUAUACCUGCCUCACAUACCACACCCACUUUCCUUAUACCUGCCUCACAUACCACACCCACUUUCCUUAUACCUGCCUCACAUACCACACCCACUUUCCUCAUACCUGGCUCACAUACCACACCCACUUUCCUUAUACCUGGCUCACAUACCACACCCACUUUCCUCAUACCUGGCUCACAUACCACACUCUCUUGCCUAGUGGUGGAAAAAGUACCCAAUUGUCAUACUUGAGUAAAAGUAUAGAUACCUUAAUAGAAAGUUACUCAAGUAAAAGUGAAAGUCAGCCAGUAAAAUACUACUUGAGUAAAAGUCUAAAAGUAUUUGGUUUUAAAUAUACUUAAGUAUCAAAAGUAAAUGUAAUUGCUAAAAUAUACUUAAGUAUCAAAAGUCGAAGUAAAAGUAUAAAUCAUUUAAAAUUCCUUAUAUUAAGCAAAGCAGACAGCAUAAUUUUCUUGUUUUUAAAAUGUACAGAUAACCAGGGGCAACACCAACACUCAGAUAUUAUUUACAAAAUAAGCAUCUGUGUUUAGUGAGUCGGCCAGAUCAGAGGCAGUAGAGAUGACCAGGGAUGUUCUCUUGAUAAGUGUGUGAAUUUGACAAUUUUCCUGUCCUGCUUAGCAUUCAAAAUGUAAAGAGUACUUUUGGUUGUCAGGGAAAAUGUAUGGGAGUAAAAAGUACAAUAUUUUAUUUAGGAAUGUAGUGAAGUAAAAGUAAAAGUUAUAUAUAAAUAGUAAAGUAUAGAUUACCCCCAAAAACUACUUAAGUAGUACUUUAAAGUAUUUUUACUUAAGUACUUUACACCACUGCUCUCGUGCCAUACCUGGCUGCCUCAUACAAACAAAACUCAGUGCCGUGAUCGUGUACAGUAUCUGUAGACGGGAUGUAUCUGUAGUGUUCUCUGUUUCUGACUGCGGUACAGCAGACGGGAUGAGGCUGUAGUGUUCUCUGUUUCUGACUGCGGUACAGCAGGCAGGAUGAGUCUGUGGUUAAGGGCUAGCUUCCUGCUGCUCUAGUCUGUACCUUGCUCACAGAGUAACAUCAGAGAACAUCAGCAUCUAGGAAGAGAGACUGCUCUAGCUCUCACACCGGAAGGGUGUGUUCUUAUUGGUUCUGUUCACAACAGACUGCGUCUGCCUUUUGAUUGGUGCAUACAGACAGACCGUGGUGACAAGUGAGAAGACACGUUGUGGUGUCAAUCAGCCGUUAGUCUUUCCUCAGCAGGUUUCAGUAGUGUAACACUUCAGGCUACAUACAUUUCCUCUCCUCUCCCACAGACACGCUGCAAUGAAGACCUACUAAAGAACAAGAUCAGAGCAUUAGAAACGCAGCUGCAAGUCUGUCUGCAGGUAAGAAUAGCAUCCUGCUGCAUCUGCAGCUGUUGACCGAGGAUGUGCUCCUUCUCAACAAAGACUAUAUCACUCUUGUAAUUUCUAGCUUGUUCUAUUUUGGUUGUCAGAUGCUUCUAAUGUUUGCACAUUUGAGUUUGACAAGUGAGGGUUUGGCGUCCCGUUAAAUCUCAUUAGUAGGCUUUAAACUGUUGUAUGCUGCCCUUUUCUCAAACAACCAUUCAGGCAAUAUCUCGGUUCAGAACCAACAACCAUUCAGGCAAUAUCUCGGUUCAGAACCAACAACCAUCUCAUACUGAUCUGAUGAUACUUUUCAUAGAGAGUGGUGCUGUCAUGUGGUUUGUGGGUUAUACCUGCUUAAGCUCAAGUAUUUGUAUUUAUUAUGGAUCCCCGUUAGUUCCUGCCAAGGCAGCAGCUACUCCUCCUGGGGUCCAGCAAAAUUAAGGCAUUACAAUAGAUUUCACAACAGAUUCCACAACACAUUAAGUGUGUGCCCUCAGGCCCCUACUCUACUACCACAUAUCUACAACACAAAAUCCAUGUGUACGUCUGUGUAUAAAGCGUAUGUUAUUGUGUGUGUGUGUGUGUGUGUGUGUGUGUGCGUGUGUCUGUGCCUAUGUGUGUGUGUCUCUUCACAGUCCCCCGCUGUUCCAUAAGGUGUAUUUUUAUCUGUUUAAAAAAAUAAUAUCUGAUUCUACUGCUUGCAUCAGUUACCUGAUGUGGAAUAGAGUUCCAUGUAGUCAUGGCUCUAUGUAGUACUGUGCGCCUCCCAUAGCCUGUUCUGGACUUGGGGACUGUGAAGAGACCUCUGGUGGCAUGUCUUGUGGGGUAUGCAUGGGUGUCCGAGCUGUGCGCCAGUAGUUCAAACAGACAGCUCGGUACAUUCAACAUGUCAAUUCUUCUCACAACUACAGUAUAGCACAACUAGCAAUGUCUAUGUAUGACCAGUUUAUUACUUGCGGUUCUCACAGAAACAGAAGCUCCCCUGGGAUGGAGUGAAGCUGGUGCUACAGAUGGAGAAACAGAAGGGCGCGUAUGAGGAGAAAGCCUUGGAGGCCAUCCAGAGGGCUACAGAGGAGAAACAGGAAGCGCUCAGCCAGGCCGAGACACUCGAGGUUGGGGGUUCUUUCUUUGCCUCUUGUCUGUCUCUCUCUCCCUGGCACCUACAGACACCCUGUUCAUGUACAGGCCCACACUUUUGCAUUUAUACUAAACUGAUGUUAAGUAUUGGCUAUAACGAGGGACAUGCUCAUACCAUUUCACCGGUUUCUACUGUCUAGAUAGUGUGUUGAAAACUAUGAAGCCCUACAGUGAUAAAACUUGUAGUGGCUUGUCUUGUAUAAUGUAGGUGUACUUCUCUUACCACUAGGUGCUGUCUCUCUGUAUAAUGUAGGUGCACUUCUUCCCCGUGUCCACUAGAUGCUGCUGCAGGCAGCCAGGGUGGAGUCGGCGCAGUGGCAGGGUCUGUGUGAGGAAAUGAAGGACAGCUCAGAACAGCUGAAGAAGAGACAGGAGAUCAACUCUGAACAGGUUCUACAGCUGCAGAACCAACUGGAGGUACAGUAGUCACUCUGUACAGACACAGUAGAUAUCACAGUGGGGAGUGUUCUGUGAGGCACUGAAGGGAUACCAUCAUAAUGAGUUAGCCUCUGGCAAAGUGAGACUACGUCAUGAUCAGAGAGACCGCUACAUACUGUGUGAUCCAGUGGGUUGCUGUAAUUGACUCACUGGAGUUGGAGGAAAGGUGGAUCUAAUUUGGAUCUAAGGGGAUCACUGUGUACAUUUAAUGCUGGAAAAAUGGUGUAUAGACAUCGCUGUGUGAUGUGGUCCUCUGUAGCUCAAUUGGUAGAGCACGGCGCUUGUAACGCCAGGGUAGUGGGUUCGAUCCCCGGGACCACCCAUACACAAAAAAAUGUAUGCACGCAUGACUGUAAGUCGCUUUGGAUAAAAGCGUCUGCUAAAUGGCAUAUUAUUAUUAUUAUUAUAUUUAUAUGAAUGCCCAAGUAAGAGGCUGGGGGUCUGUGGUGUGCAGCUUGCCAGGGCUCAGGAGGCGGGGCUGAGGGAGGAGCUGGGGGCAGUACAGCAAAUGGAGGAGGAGUUACAGUCCAACAUUGUUCUACUGGAAGAACAGAACCAGAACCUGAGGGACCAGAUCCAGGAGAUGAGAGGUUAGAGGUCACACAAGUAGCAGUUCAAUGCACACACAACUGUGCACACACACCAAUUUUCAUGGGGUUCUGCAUCUGAAAAUCUUUUAGUAGUAAAGUAGAAACUAAGGGAAUUAAUUAAUGGCUAUCUCAUCUUGCCCUGCCUGACUCCUAGAUGCCAGGGCUGAGACUCAGGAGGAGUCCCUGGAGGAAUCCUUGGCCCAGUUGACUGUUUUAUCAGAGGAGUCCGAAGAGUGUGAGCAGACCCUGGCCCGGUUGACUGUUUUAUCAGAGGAGUCCGAAGAGUGUGAGCAGACCCUGGCCCGGUUGACUGUGUCGCUGGAGCAGCCAGAGGAGAAGGAGGAGGAGGAGGAGGAGGAGGAGGAGGAGCAGCUGAUUGUAUCGUCACAGCAGAAGCAGUUAUCAUGGGGAGAUGGAGAUCAGGUUGCGGAGCAGCUCCGUCACACUCUGGACCGACUACAGCUGAAGGAGAGAGAGGUGAGGGAGGAGGGGGCUCAUAAACCCAGGCCUUCUACUGGUUACAGGAGAAUAAUGACAGGUCCGCCCUCCUUAAUUGGACCAAUAAGAGGAACAGGAGUACGUCAUUCUCAGCUAAAUGUAAAGAUGUUUCAAUUCAGUUCCCAAAUGAUAUAUUUCAUACACAAUGGUGAAAACAUUGUAUUUCAUAGUGUGUGUGUGUGUGUAUGUGUGUGUGUGUGUGUGUGUGUGUGUGUGUGUGUGUGUGUGUGUGGUGUGUGCGUGUGUGUGUGUGUGUGUGCGUCCGUGCGUGCGUGCGUGUGCAGUGUGAGGAGCUGCAGAAUGAGCUGGAGGCCGUGGAGGCAGAGUGCCAGUCGUGCCAGGUCCGCCUGACGCAGUGCAGGGACGAACUCAGACAGCUCAGCCACCGACGCAGCAGCAGGGUGAGCAGAGUGUGUGUGUGUUGGCAGCUCCCUCCCUUUGUUGUCCUUUGGCCCAUAACCCCCCCCAACCCCCCCCCCCCCCCCCCCAUAACCCCCCAUAACCCCCCCCCAUAACCCCCCAAACCCCCCAAAAUCUCUUAUAACCCCCAAACCCCCCCAUAACUCUCAAAUAACCUCCCAUAACCCCCAUAACCCUCAUAACUCUCCAAUAACCCCCCCCCCAAAAAAAAAUAGAUAACCCCCAUAACUCUCCAAUAACCCCCUAUAGCCCCCCCCCCCCCCCCCACCCACCCCCCAAUAACCCCCCCCAUAACCCAUAUAAUGAAAUACAUUUCUGAAAUAUGCCCCUGAUGGUGCAGUUACAUCCACUUUGAAGUAAAUGUUGUGUGUUUUUUUUUUACUGCGCUUCAUUGUGUGUGUUUUUCCUUCCGUUUCUAGAAGCCCUGUGUCUCCUGGUUGUGGCUCUGUGUUCUACUACUAA